AAAAAAUGGCGGAAAAACAACCGGAGACUGAACAAAAUGGUUGCGGAAAUGUGGCUGUUGCUGAUACUCAGAAUGAGGUGAACUCGGUGAAUCAGACACCCAAAAGAUGCUCAUCCACAAGCCCCGACUCAGCCCCUCCGCACAAAUCUCCCCGCACCGACGUCCAGUCACCCACCACCACACAGGCACCGGAGACAGGAGAUGGACACCCAGAGACAGACAAACAAGAAAUGCAGACAGAAACCACGGAGGGACCAACAAGUCCACCUGGUAGCCCCACUGCAAGGAGGAAAUCCUGGAGGAGAGCUACUUUAACCCGACGCAGUCUCCCUGCCCUCCCAAACCCAUAUCAGGUUUUGUGCAGGAGCAUAAGUACAUCCUUGUCACAGCAAGAGAGGCUGGAAAAAUUGAUGGAGGCUGCGAUGAAGCUGGCAAUAGAAAGAACUCAAAAUUUGAUCCAGUCGGUACCAAAUUCGUCACUGGAGUCUUUUAAAAAACAAGUUGAGCACAUGCAGAAGGAGUGGGGUUGUUUGGCCAAAAGCAUACGCAGUGAACCACAGAGUCAUCAACUUCCUGCCAGUGUGGCUAGUUCUAGUGAUCCCGAAGCGCAGAGAGCUGUGGAAAAAAUCCAGAAAGCCACCAACAGGCUUCAGGCUGAAUGUGAGGCUUGGGAAGCACUACUGAACAAACACCAGAGUAAGGCAGAAGAAUUGGAAAGCAAAGUUGAGCAGGGCCAAGAGAGAGGUGUAUCAUUAGACCCUACAUCUGUGGCCCAGUCCUCACAGUACCAAUUCAUCCAGAGCAAACCUGAUUACUGCGCUGUCCUAAGUAGACAACAGCCCAUGCUUCACACUAUGGAGAUGAUUAUGGACCAUCAAUGUAAGAUGGUCAGAGAACUUCUGUCUAUCAAGGAGCAGUCACAGUUAUUGGUGAAAAAGACCAGUGGCCGAUUGGCUGCAGAGGCGGGAUUCCAGACUCUUUCACCUGACCCCAUCAGGAACUUAAUGGCUGCACCUCUAUCAUCUGCAACUACAUAGUCAUUCUGGCUGGAGGCAAGAGCGAGCAACCAACCCUCUACUGGACCAUGUUUUUUUUAUGACUUGUAUAUGAAGCUCAUAUAUGUGUACUAGUUUCUUCUCUUUUGAUCCGCAGCAGCAGGACUCAUAUUAGAGCUAGUUGAGGUAAUUCAUGCUUUUAACCAGCAGGCGGCAGUGGCUGUUUAUAUAAAAUUGUAACAUGCUUAGUGAAUGACAGGAGUGGAUUUUUCUGUUAUGCCUUAAUUAAAAGCAUUCUCAGCUGUGUAUACUGAAACUGUCAAGAGAAACAUUUGAUAGCUGCCAACAUCUUGCAAAACAAGGUAA